AACUUUUUAUUGUGGUUUGUCCGUUCGGAGCGCUCCGCAGAACAGUCCUCCCUGUAAGAGCCUAACCAUUGCCAGGGAAACCUGCGCUGGGCGCUCCCUUCAUUACUAUUUUUUUUUAAUUAAUCUGAUUAAUAAUUAUCCCCCCUCUUUAAUUUUUUCCUUCCCAGAUGGAGUUGCCGGAAGCUGGGGGCAUCUGGGGAGGGUAUGAGGGGGAGAGGCAGGAGUUGAGGGAAUCUCUCUCCGUUCCCGUCCCUCUAGCCCCCAAAGGGGCAGGAGGAAUGCGGGAACAGGAGUUGAGUUAGGGAGCUUCAAUGCCUCCGCCCCUCCCCUCUCCCAGGCUCUCCCUCCUGCCCCCUUCUUGCAACUCUUUUAAUUCGAUUUGGCUUUUUGAUGAUUAGACUCUUUUUUAUUUUAAAAUUUAUAUAAAGUAUACGUGUGUGUGUGUGUGUGUGGAGCUGAGACAGGCUCGGCAACGCCACAGAAUGAGGAAAAAGGAGAAAGAGAGAGAGUAGGAGAGAGAGAGAGGCAGAGAGGGAGAGGGAGAAUGACAGCAGCGCCCGGACGUCCUCCCCAACGUCGCCCUCAAUUCCACCGCCUAUGAUCCAGUGAGGCAUUUCUCGACCUAUGGAGCGGCCGUUGCCCAGAACCGGAUCUACUCGACUCCCUUUUAUUCGCCACAGGAGAAUGUCGUGUUCAGUUCCAGCCGGGGGCCGUAUGACUAUGGAUCUAAUUCCUUUUACCAAGAGAAAGACAUGCUCUCAAACUGCAGACAAAACAACUUAGGACAUAACACACAGACCUCAAUCGCUCAGGAUUUUAGCUCUGAGCAGGGCAGGACUGCGCCCCAGGACCAGAAAGCCAGUAUCCAGAUUUACCCCUGGAUGCAGCGAAUGAAUUCGCACAGUGGGGUCGGCUACGGGGCGGACCGGAGGCGCGGCCGCCAGAUCUACUCUCGGUACCAGACUCUGGAACUAGAGAAAGAAUUUCACUUCAACCGCUACCUAACGCGUCGCCGGCGCAUCGAGAUCGCCAACGCUCUCUGCCUGACUGAGCGACAGAUCAAAAUCUGGUUCCAGAACCGCCGGAUGAAGUGGAAAAAGGAAUCUAAUCUCACGUCCACGCUCUCAGGGGGCGGCGGAGGAACCGCGGCGGACAGCCUGGGCGGAAAAGAGGAAAAGCGGGAAGAGACAGAAGAAGAGAAGCAAAAAGAGUGACCAGGACUGUCCCUGCCACCCCUCUGUCCUCCUCCCUCGCUCCCUACAACUCCCUCCUUUAUCACACACUCUGUAUUUAUCACUGGCACAAUUGAUGUGUUUUGACUCCGUAAAAUAAAAUUAGGGAGUUAAAUGUGGACCUGAAAGUCAGCUCUGGACCCCCUCCCUCACUGCACAAACUCCCUUUAACCACGCGCCUCCACCUCGUUCCUUCGCUAGCUCGUUCUCGGCUUGUCUGCAGGCCCCUUCCCCCGCCCAGGCCUUGGGGGCUCAUCCCUGAACCCCGCUUCAGACUCCACAAAUCUCCCUCCAAAAGAGGACUUGGCCCCUCAGCCUCUCGGCGCCCCCCAGCCCCCGCCCCCCGCACAGAGGGCCAGCUCCCGGACCUCGGGGCCUCUGCUCCGUGGCCUCAGGGCCGGGCCUGGCAGCUUCUGAAGGCGAGAGGCCCAAGGAGGGCGUGCCUGGGCCCCACAGCAACCCCAGGGCCUCCCCGCAGCCCCUGCCCGGCCCCUCUGCCCUAGCAAAUGCCCAGCCCAGGCGAAUUGUAUUUAAAGAAUCCUGGGGGUCAUUAUGGCAUCUUACAAACUGUGACCGUUUCUGUGUGAAUAUUUUUAGCUGUAUUUGUGGUCUCUGUAUUUAUAUUUAUGUUUAGCACCGUCAGUGUUCCAAUCCCAUCUUAAAAAGCAAAGAAAAGAGGGAAAAUGAAAAAAAGAGAGAGAGAGAGAGAGAAAAAAAAUGAAUGACGUUUGUUUAGCCAGUAGGAGAAAAAAAAUAAUAAAUUAAAAAAAAAAAACAAAAACCUUGUUUUACCCUCCUGUAUAAAUCCGACCUCUGGAUCCGUUCUCGAAUAUUUAAUAAAACUGAUAUUAUUUUUAAAA